CCCAUCGUGCAUUGCCCCGAAUCAUGGACCAAACUGACAAUGAUUUGCAGGGCACAGACGGCUCGGGGAGUCUGGGGGGUCCCGAUGUCCGUAGAAGGAUCCCCAUCAAACUAAUAUCCAAACAGGCCAUCCGGUGCAAACCCGUCUCCCGUCCGCAACGAACAAUGAAUAGAAUUCCCUCUAAACCACAGACAGGGGAUGAAGAAGGCUUCAGUUACAAGCCAGAGGACAGGUUUGAGUGCAAGUCUGGAGACGCAUUUGGAAGUCAACGGAGGUUUCCUCAGCAAAUGUUCUGGGACUGCAAGAUGAACUUGAUUGGGGAGAAGGACGACACGCCUGUGCACUUCUGUGACAAGUGUGGCCUGCCUAUAAAGAUAUACGGGCGCAUGAUCCCCUGCAAACAUGUGUUCUGCUACGAGUGUGCUGUGCUUCACGAGAAAAAGGGCGACAAGCUCUGUCCUGGUGUGUCCCUGUACAGCUGCACAGACCCGGUCCAGCGCAUCGAGCAGUGCCUGCGCGGCUCCCUCUUCAUGUGCAGCAUGGUGCCGGGCUGCAAGCGCACCUACCUGUCCCAGAGAGACCUGCAGGCCCACAUCAACCACCGGCACAUGCGGGGGGGCAAGCCGGCGGCCAGCCGCCCGGGCCUGAGCGGGGGCGACGGCCUGCACCUGCCCCCUGCCUCUGAGCUGCCCGACCGCUUCCUCCUGCCCCCGGACAAGCACCGGCUGCCCCCUCCUCACCUGCCCAAGCCGCACGUCCUGCUCCCGCCCCCGCUGCAGCACGGCAACCACGACCCCUACGGCCAGCCGCCGCCGCACGACGACCUGCGCCCCGCCCAGCCGCCGCCGCCCUCUGCCUCCUCCGACCUGGGGCCGUCCCGCUCCCUCGCCCAGGAGACCUUCCGCAUCGCCACGGUGACCACGCGCAAGCACAGCAACCUCAUCACCGUGCCCAUCCAUGAUGACUCUGCUGGCUCCGCCUCCUCCCAGAGGGAGCCCCUCCCCCAGCCAGGCCCCGGCCCCACCCCACCCCACCAUCACCCCGGGGACUACACAGGCCAGCCCGUCGUGUCACACCCCCACCACAUGAUGGCGCCGCAGCAGCACUAUGGUCCGCCCCCGCCUCCCCCGCCCCCCAUCAGCCACCCAAUGCAGCACCCGCCCCAGGGCUCCGGGACCCCCCACAUGGUGUACAACCAGGCCCCGCCCCCACCCCUAUCCACUGCCCCGCCCCCCAUCACCCCUCCCCCUGGACACCUGAUUAACCAGAUGCCCCCUUACAUGAACCACCCCCCACCCGGCCCCCCUCCCCAGCAUGGCGGACCCCCUGUCAGCGCGCCCCCACCGCACCACUACAACCCCAGCUCCAUGUCGCAGUUCUCUGAGGACCAAGGGACGCUCAGCCCCCCCUUCACCCAGCCGGGGGGGCUGAGCCCCGGAAUAUGGCCCGCCCCCAGGGGGCCUCCUCCCCCUCGGAUGCAGGGUCCUCCCCCCCAGGGCCAAAUGCCUGGACCCCACCAUCCUGACCAGUCCCGGUAUAGACCCUACUACCAAUAGGCUAUCUCUAUCAAACAGUGUCCAGCAAAUGGGUCUUCAUAAUUGGUUUUUAAGAAAUGUGCAUAAAAAUAAGGAGAACUUUAGUCAUUACUGGCCCUUGCUUCAUGUCUUCAUCCCCCAAUACAGGCUAGAUUAUGGUUUAACAAUGCAAUCUGGUACAAGCAGACAUGUUUUGCACCAGCUGUGUUCGGUUAUCAUUUGUCCUGUGCUCAGGAACUGUUUCCACCUCAAUAAAUUAAAAAAAAUA